AGGUCCCGCCCUCAGUGCUCGCCGCGCUCGGAGGCGGGUGAGACGCGGCAGCAGCUCGCCUGUCCUUUGUGUUCGAGUGGCGGCUGACUCGCAGGCCUUCGCCGACACAUCUCUCUUGUAGAUCAGUCGCGUGCUUUCCAGCGACCCAUCAUGUCGGCGGGAGCGGGCGCGGGCGUGGAGGCAGGCUUCUCCAGCGAGGAGCUGCUGUCGCUCCGCUUCCCGCUGCACCGCGCCUGCCGCGACGGGGACCUGGUCGCGCUCUGUUCGCUGCUGCCGCACACUCCGCGCGCUCACCUGGCCGCUGAGGACUCCUUCUACGGCUGGACGCCCGUGCACUGGGCCGCGCACUUCGGCAAGUUGGAGUGCUUAAUCCAGUUGGUAAGAGCAGGAGCCUCACUGAAUGUGUCCACCACCCGCUAUGCCCAGACCCCAGCCCACAUUGCUGCUUUUGGAGGACAUCCUCAGUGUCUGGUCUGGCUGAUUCAAGCUGGGGCCAACAUUAACAAACCGGACUGUGAGGGGGAAACUCCCAUUCACAAGGCCGCCCGCUCAGGGAGCCUCGAGUGCAUCAGUGCCCUGGUGGGGAACGGGGCUCACACCGACCUGAGAAAUGCCAGUGGCCUGACGGCAGCAGACAUUGCACAAACCCAGGGUUUCCAAGAGUGCACCCAGUUUCUCUUGAGCCUCCAGCACCAUCCACUGAGCCCUUUCCGUCCUAAUGGCGCCCUGAGUGGAGCUCAUGAGCACGUACAUCCCAGUCCCAUUAGCCUGGGAACGAAUCGAAAGAGAUGCUUGGAAGACUCAGGAUCGGUGGGAGUGAAGAAAGCUAGAACCAGAGUUCCAAGUCUGGAUCACACCAUGCCUUUAGCAAAUGGUGAGGCUGAAGACGACGCCGACGGAAUGCAUGUGGACCGAGAGUUUGCUGCUGUAUCAGAUAUGAAAAACAGUAGCUCCGUGUUGAAUACAUUGACAAAUGGAAGUGUCAUCAAUGGACAUUUGGACUUCCCCUGCGCGACCCAGCUCAAUGGGAUGGAGAGCAGGAGUCACCCGUGCUUAACAGGAUCUAAUGGAGUUAGCAAUGGACAGCCCUUUUCCAGUGGCCAGGGUUCUGUCUGUGCUAAUGGGACUGAGGAGCCAGAAAAGACCAUGGGCAUUAACCCCGAGAUGUGUGGAUCUCUCCAUCUGAACGGGAGCCCAAGUAGCUGUGUGGCCAGCAGGCCAUCCUGGGUGGGAGACAUAGGGGAGAGCCUGCACUACGGACACUACCAUGGGUUUGGGGACACCGCUGAGAGCAUCCCUGAGCUGAGCAGUGUGCUGGAGCACUCGAGCUGCGUCCAGGUGGAACAGCGCUACGAUAGUGCUGUCCUGGGUGCCAUGCAGCUGCACCAUGGCUCCUGAGUCCAGGGUGGCCUCUUCCUCUGCAGUACCAGCCUGAGAAAGCUGCAUAGCCUGUGCUGUAGGUGCCUCAGCUUUCUGAGAGAGUCCUUGGAUUCAUUCACAUAGCUCCCCGGGAGUGCUGCUUUGUGCAUAGACAUUUCUCAUAGAGUGGCAGGCCUCCUGCAAGGUGUACUUUGGAGGGUUCUCUUGUUUGACACCAGCCUCUCUUUUUUUUUUCCCUCCCAUACGGCACGAGACAUUGCCACCUUUUUGUGAAUCGUCUUUGAUCAGGACAGUUUGGGCAUCAUUUCCGCUCACCGAUACUGUUUGCUGUAGCACUCCUGAUAACACAGCUACUCCCUGUCUGCGCAAGGACCCUCACAGCAGCAUCGAGCAGCGACCCCGGGAAGGGGACUGUCCUUUGUGUCUUCACUGAAACUGCUGCAGGUGCGCUCAGUGGUCAGGGGUGUAGUAAUCCCCUUCCCUCUCUGUGUAGACUGCUGCCUGGGGUUCCUUAGCAACAGCCUUUGCCCAGGAUGUACUAGGUUUGUUGUUUUUACUCCACAUUUAUACUUGACCUCUAGACUUUUUUACCACAGACAAUGGCUUUCUUUAUAUACAGUGGAUGUUGCUGUUUGUAGGAACUGUCGGGUCAGAAUAUUUUACUAUGGUGACCUAUUUUUUUUUGUUACUGUUUUUUGAGGUUUUCUGCUUAAAUAUAUGCACCUCUAUAUAUUCAGUUAACUGAGAGAACUUUGGGUUUCUCUUAUUAAGGCUGCAUUCAAUUCAUGGUUUUAUAGAAAUUAGCUUUUGUUUAGGCAACUAGUGGUUAUACUGCAAAUACCCAGUGACUUCUGAUUUUGUAAUGAACAUCAGUGCAGAUGAACUGUGAGAUAACAAAGCCAGUGUUUUAAGACUGUAGUAGCAUUUUGUUUUCAAGCUGUUCUUUACAAGUUGAAUAAAAAAGAAAGCUCGCUGCUGA